AUGGGAAAACAAUAUAUUACAACGGUCAGUUGUUCAAAUGCUCAUCAAUCAGAUAUAUUAGGUGUUAAUAUUACUAGUAAGUAUAGUAUUACUAUUUCACUGGAUGGUACAGCCAAAUUUUGGGAUAAUAAACAAGAUGAAAUACAUCAACCUAAAGAUUAUGUUAAAUCAAUAUAUUUAGAUAAAUCAGGUAUUCAUUCAUUUGAUAUUUAUGAAAAUAUAUUACCAAAUACAUCGUAUAAAUUGACUUUAAUUGCUUUUGCUACUUUUAAUGGAAAAUUAUAUUUUAAAUGGUAUAAAAAUGAUGAUAUUGAUACGAUAAAAGAUAUUCCAAACUCUUACCAAAAAUAUUGGAUACCUAAAUUCUACAAAGAUCCAAAUAAUAAACAAGAUUAUUUAAUAAUAUCAAAAGUAAAUGGUAUAGUAGAUAUUUUCAAAAUUGAAUUUGAUUUAGAUAAUGAUUUAGAUAAUGAUAAUGAUAAUGAUAAUGAUAGUAUUAAAUUUGAAACCUAUGGAAGUUUAAAAUCUGGAAAUUCUUCAUUUCCUAUGUCAUUGGCUGUUUGUCCUACAAUCCCUCGUUGUGCUGUUGGUUAUAUUAAUGGUGAAGUGUUAUUAUUUGAUUUUAUCAAUUUAAAAACAAUUUAUACUUUUAGAUCAACUGAUUUAAUUGUUUCCAAAGGUCAAAGUUCAUCAAUUCCAAGAGUUCUUGAAUUUAGUCCUGGAGGGACUUUAUUAGCUGUUGCUAGAGAUAAUCAAGCUGCAGGUUCAAUUAAUUUAUAUGAUGUUGAACAUGGAGAAAAUGUAGGUGCAUUAACUACUCCUUCACAUUCUGCUAAAUCUAUUGUUGGUGGGUUUGCUCAUCAAGGUUGGAUUUUGGGUUUAAGCUUUAAUGAAGAUGGGAAAAAUUUAGUUUCUUGUGGAUUUGAUAAAUGUCUUCGAGUUUGGAAUUUAACAACUGGUGAGAGAGAAGCUACUAUUAAUUUAAGUAUUACUGAUUUAGAUGAUAAUGAAAAGAAUGAACAAGAUGAAAGUAUAGCUAGUGGUGUUAAAUUUAUUAAAAAAGGUUAUAGAGGUGGUUUAGGUGGUGAUAAUAAUGAAGGUUUAUGUGUUGUUAGUUUUGAUAGAGGUAUUAGAUGGUAUAGGGAAGCAGGUGGUAUAUAA